AGCUCUCCCUUCCCUCUCUCUGCCCAUCCAGCCUGGUAGCCGGGCGGGGGGUCAAGGCUGGACUCAGGGAGGCAGAGCUGUGAGCUGAUGGGCCCUCCACCUGGCCUUGUGUGGUCCAGGGACUCUGCACCUCCGGGAGCCCUCCUGGGCACCCCAGGUCGGCCUUCCUGCAGACAGGAUCUGUCUCUUUCUGGGCCUCAGUGUCCACCCUUGUCACCAGUCUUCAGGUGGCCUCCCUCUGUGUCACAGGCCCCGUCUUUGCCUUGCUGGGACCCUGGAGACCUGGUGUACAAGCUGAAGAAGCUGGGCGGAACGGCCCACUCCAGGGUGCCUGGGCACAGACCUGAACUCAGGGAUUCCAGGCAGGGGCUCCAGUUUGGGGGUCCUCUGCCUUGAGCCUAAGAAUUGGUACCGCCUGCAACCCCUCAAUGUGACUCGGAGUUUGAGAGGCCUCCUGGGGAGUCUCCUGAGUUGCAGAGUGGUGGCCCUGAGCUGAGGGGUGUGAGGGGUGGCUGGAGAUGGGUGGGAAGGCCCCAAGCUUGCCCAUGGGGCAGGUCCCAAGGAGAAGGCCUUAGUGCUGGGGGCAGUUCAGUGUGAGAGGGGGCACGUGCUGGUCUUGGGGAGUGGCAUCGUGUGGAGGGGCAUGCUGGGUGGCUAGUGCACAACUGGAGAGCCAGAUGUGGAAGGGACAGCAGGGAGUUGGCAUCUGCCCAGUGUCCCAACAGGGCUGGGCUGGGAGGUGCCACCUAGUCCACCUGGGCUUAGCAUCCUGAUCAAAGCUGGACUGGAGACCUGGCCGGGGGUUGGUAUGGCCUGGCAGGAACCCACAGCUCAGACCUGGGAGCACUCAGUGUUCCUGGCAGCACACAGAAAUGGUAAAAUGGGUAGCUCAAUGGUCAGUUACAAGACUGGUGGCCAGUGGGUGGAGGAGGGUGGGGCCUGCCGGGGCCAAUGGUGCCCACUGUGCCUGGGCAGUGUCUCCAGGCACUGGGAGCUGGUGGGGGUCCAGAGACAGAGUCUGGAUUUAGGCUUGGAAGUCUUUGUGCAGGGCACUCGGGUCCUGAGGCUCUAGGAAGUGGCACACAACACCCUCGCCCUGCCACAGGCUCAGGCGUAGGGGCCUCGGUUAUUCUUAGUGCCUGGAGCCCACCCUUCCUGCCGGGGCGGCUGCCUUCAGCCCCACUCCAGCCCACUUUAUUCCUGUUGCAGGGAGGCCUCAGGGAGCUAUGAAGGGAACGCACAGUCUUUUAUCCAUGGGCUUAAGGAAGGUUGUGGUGGGGGGCGAGGGGCCGCCCUGCCAGCGUCAAGGCCUGCCCAGGCCAGGGUGAGAGUCCACCUGGGGCGGCCUCAGGAGCAAAGCUGAGGGCGAGACUGCGUCUCCCAGGGGCCCAGAUUUAGCUUUGGAAGGAAGCCCAGGGGCCAAGGGGUUGGGUGGGAAAGGGCUUUCAAGUAAGCUGUCCGCCCCCGCAGCCUUUAGCGUGCCCACCCACAGGCCUCAAGGGGUGUGCUCUGGUGAGCUGGGGGGAAGCCAGCUCAUUGUUGAGAGAGAGAGAGAGAGAGAGAGAGAGAGAGAGAGAGAGAGAGAGAGAGAGAGAGAGCUGACAUACUCGUGAGUUGCAGCCGUGAGGGUGGGUACUGGGAGAGCCCAGCCUUCUUCUCCCUGGUGUGUGUGUGUGUGUGUGUGUGUGUGUGUGUGUGUGUGUGUGUGUGUGUGUUCAAGCACUCGUGAGCUGCAGCAGUGAGGGCGGGUACCGAGAGAGCCCAGCCUCUCCCUAGCUCCUAUUUAAGCAUCCGGCGAACACUGUGGAUCCCAGCAGCGGCAGUGAGGAGACACUUGGCACUCCGGGCAGGUGGAUAGCGGCUGUGCCUGGCACCUUGGCAUCCUGCCUGGGUUGCACGUGGCCUGGCGCCCAUACAACUCCUGAUUGCUGCUGCUGGAGGGAGCCUGUGAUCCUGUGGUAUUCCCAGAGCCCCAUCUUCGGACGAGGAGUGCUUCUUUGACCUGCUGAGUAAGUUCCAGAGCAGUCGCAUGGAUGACCAGCGUUGCCCCCUGGAGGAAGGCCAGGCAGGGGCCGCCGAGGCCACAGCUGCCCCAACCCUGGAGGAGAGGGCGGCCCAGCCCUCCGUGACAGCUUCACCACAGACUGAGGAGUUCUUCGACCUCAUUGCCAGCUCUCAGAGCCGCCGGCUGGAUGACCAGAGGGCUAGCGUGGGCAGCCUGCCUGGGCUACGCAUCACCCUCAACAAUGUGGGGCACCUCCGAGGCGACGGGGACCCUCAGGAGCCAGGGGAUGAGUUUUUCAACAUGCUUAUCAAGUACCAGUCCUCCAGGAUUGAUGACCAGCGCUGCCCACCGCCUGACGUGCUGCCCCGAGGCCCCACCAUGCCUGACGAGGAUUUCUUCAGCCUUAUCCAGAGAGUGCAGGCCAAGCGGAUGGAUGAGCAGCGUGUGGACCUUGCUGGGAGCCCGGAGCAGGAGGCCAGUGGGCUGCAUGAACCUCGGCAGCCCUGUCCACCAGGUGCCAGCUAAGGCCUCAGCCCUCCAGCCAGGCAUGCCCUGCCCCGGACUCUGGGGAUUCAGUUGUCCACAGUGGCCAUGACCCCUUGAUAAGCCAAAUCUUCCCUAGGCCAUGAUGGAGAGCCAGCUCAGCCCCCAACCCCCUUCCCACUGAGCUAGAUGGUGGGCACCCAGCCCUCAAGGAACCCCCGCCCCAGGGUGCUGGGCUCAGGCUAGAGCUGCUGUAUGGGGGAGGGCAUGCUUCUGUCCCCAUGUGGCCCAUAGCUUCCCGCAGGCCCCGCCGUGCCCUGCUCCAGGCCGGGCCUUCAGCAUGUUGGCCCCGAGCCCCGGUGCUGUCCAGACCCUUCUCCCCCAAGCCCUGCCCUGCCAAAUGUGAAACUCUGCCAACUCACCCUGGCUCCCCACAGGAGCCUGAAAGAUUUCUGGGGUCUACAGUGGCAUGGCAUGAUCUGUCCCCCAGCUGGUCCUGGGAUGGCUAUGCAGGAGGUACACUCAGUAUUCUGCCUCACCUCCCCAGGGCAGGCCCUAUUCUGGCCUGUCUGUGCCCAACUCUGCUGCGGGAGAUUGACAGCUACCAAGUCCAGACACCCUGACCAAGCAGUCGCCAGCCUUGCACUUGGUCUCUGAGGGACCUUCUCCAGCAGGGGGACAAGGCAAGCCUCCGAGCCAAAACCACAGGCAGGGUCUUGUCCUAGGAGGACUUGUCCUGCCAGCUGGCAGUGGGUAUUCAUGAGGAAUCUGCUCAGCUACCCUCCAGUCCCCUCGGUGACCAUCCACCCCAUGCUACUAGGGAAAUGCUAGCUGGGCUUUCUCCUUGAGGGGUCGGUCCAGUUGCAUUACCUUGAGUUGGACACAGGGCACUGUAGUUGGGGUGAAGUUCAGGCCAGACUGCUGGGGCAUCCAUGAGACAGACCUUUGGGGACUGUGGUCCCAGCUCUUACCUGCAGAUCCUGCAGGUAGCCCUACUGGAGGGCUCUGUACAACCUUCCAACCCCAGGGCCUCUUACCCUGCAGCCUAGGAGGGGCCAGGGCAAGGGAACCUGAAGGGCCAGCCCUGGGGACCCACCUUCUGAGGGACAACAGCACCCCAAGAGCAGGAGCAAAUGCCAGAGCACAGGGUCUCGGGCGGGACACAGUGGCCGCCUGCAUACUUGAAUGUACAUGCGUAUUUAUUGCUCACAUGUGUUUGCCAUGUUAUCCACGGGUUCUUUCCAACCCGAGAGGUACGUUUUUGUUUGACCCAAAAAUAAAAAAGUCUGCCAAGUGA